UACCCAGAGUGUCAAGAAGCUACUGCACGUCUCAGUCGCUGCUCAAAAGGCUGCUAUGAUGAGCCAGACCACACAGAUCCUCUGGCUACUUCUGCUCCCGUUCCUCACUUUCACCGCUGGUUUUUACCCGAAAGCUAUUGAUGUAGAAAAGAUCAAACUAAGCAUCAAUGAAACUGGACAACAUUUGCUACUGUCAUGGAGCAACCCAGAGCCAAGUAUUAGACCAGAAUGCUACGACACCCACCUGCAGUACAUGAGCAGUUGCCAUGAGAACUGGACGGUAGCCUAUAAUAACAAAACAAAGAACUUCAGCUUAGCUGUAACACAGGGCAGAGGAAGAUACGGGUUUAAAGUGAGAAUGAGAUAUGGAAGCAGGGGAAGCAGCUGGAGUGCCUGGACACGAGAGAAGUGGACCCUUGAAGGGAAUUCAGUCCCAUGCGACAUGGGCCCUCCACAGGGCACAGCAUACUAUCCUGUCUUAUGGACUUUAAUUGCUGUGAUUCUCAUCCUACUUUUAUUCCUGUCAACACAAAAAUGGCAAGUACCCUGUUCAUCUUCCCCUUUAAGGUUUUGUGUGGCAGAAAUGUUUACUCAUAAUGACUCAUAG